AUGCAGAAACCCACUUCCGAUAGGGGAAAGCCUAUGUCCUCACGUGACACGACCCUUCCUGAGUUAGCAUACGAGGACGACUGGCGCCACGUCACAAAUCCUGUCGAACGACGGCGGCGGCAAAACAGAUUAAACCAGAGGAUGUACAGAAGUCGCAGACACGAUGAGGCCCAAGCACUAAACGGGAUAUCGCGACUCCCCGAGGCCAACAUAUGCCAUUCCCCACUGCAAGCGGAACGGCACAUCCUGGAAGGUUUCGCAUCAGCCGCUUACCGAAGCUACAUGUUGGGUUGUCCCAACAUUGACCACUUACUAGUCCUCACGAAAGCUAACGUCUACCGCGCCUUUCUACACAAUAUCAGCUUAUUAGGACUGGUAGCGGACGGCCUUUGCGAGGCAGACGUCCUAUCCCCCUUUAAUCAGUUCGGUCCGGCGCAGAUCACCACGACAACACUCCCGCUAUCUUUACGUCCUACGCCUACCCAGCGCUCCUUGCCACAUCAUCCGUGGCUUGACUUUUUUCCGCAUCCCAAGGCUCGGGAUAAUCUCUUCCGCGCGCAGGACCGCUACGACGAAGACGAAUUCUGCUUAGAUAUACUGGGUUUUUGGAAUCCAAAUGCGUUGGAUAAUAUGUUGUUGGUAUGGGGCGAGCCAUCGGAUCCUGAAAACUGGGAGAUAACGGAGGGCUUCAUCAAAAAGUGGGGUUGGGUGAUUCAGGGGUGUCCAGAAAUCUUGUUUAAUACUAACAAAUGGCGAGCACGGAGAGGCGAAAAUCCAAUCCUUCGCUAUCUCUCAUAA